AUGUCCGCCUCUACCACUCGUUUUGCCAUCGACUAUGCGAAGAGAGUGGCCAGUUGUAAAAAAUGCAAAAUUGCAACUGCCGAAAGGGGGUGGGACGAUGUGAAAGACGAGGAUAAGGAGCCAAUAUUGAAGUUGAUCGAUGACUUGAAUAAAGUGCGCGCUAAAAAAGAAGGUGGCGCAGCGAAAGGAACGCCCGAAAAAGAAAGCGGAGGAUAUUGGAAAGAGGCUAAUGAGGAGUCUAAGUACAACUCAUUCCACAAGUUCACGAAACUUUGCGAAGUCAUAGCUUCUGUAUCGAAGUACACAGAUAAGUCGUCAGCAGUGAAAAUGUUCAUUUCUAGAGAUGAUUUCGACGGGGACAUAUUGACUUUGGUUCGACUUCUGAUUCCUGGUGUCGAUCAAAGGGUCUAUAACAUCAAGGAGAAGCAAAUCAUCAAGCAUUUUGCUACUGUGAGUAAAAUUUAUUCUUUCUUCAAGCCCAUUAUUUGGGAAUUGCCCUGUGCUUCCAGUUGGGUUCUCUUUUGUUGUGGUUGUGAAGGUAGUACAGGAAUCCGGUAUUUGAUCUGGAUGGCGUUGUUGUGA